GCCAUGUGGUGAGCGCAGGUAUGUGCACAUGGUUUCUCUCAUUCCCAAGCCCUUAGACUGUGAACCGGUAGUGGGAAACCUGGGGUUUUGGGGGUCUUCAAGAGAAUCAGUCGCAGAGGAAAUCACCUCACCCGAUUGGAUUUAGGAAACAAAAACCCAGUUUUUUAGGAGCAAUGGAGCCUGGGGAGCUGUGAGUCUGUGAUAGGAGAAACAACUCGUGCAGGUACAUCUGUUGUUCAAAUCUCUAAGAACAGUGCACUUGGAUUCGUUCUGUCAUGGUUUUUUUUCUUGUUCAUUCCCUUUUCAUCUGCCUAUUAAUAUCAUCUGCAGAUUCUGUUUGAAUCCCAUGAACGAAACCUUUCCCUUUUAGCUAUUUGUCGUUUCUAGUAGUUGAGCAAGAAAAGCAGUGGAGCUUUAAACUGCCAUAGCCAUUUUGUUUGAACAAAAGAACGUUAUCCUUGCCUGCUCAUGUAUUCGCUUUUCUGAUCUAAUAGUAGAUACAUCAUCUAAUUUUAUGGUAUCAGCUUUAGCUACUUUGCUUUUUCAAACCUUAAAAGAAACACUUCAAUGUCUCUUCUUUUGCACGCCCGUGAUCUAUAUCAUAGCUUAAUUCCUAUGUCUCAGUAAAAGUAUCAUGCAUCUUUUAAUUCCGUCGACCAUUCUUAUCUCCCGUUGAUCUCAUCUGCUGUUCUUCCUGUUCGAUAAAAGCGAAAGUUAGUUCCUUUUUCUUGCAUAAUUACUUUUCUCGGGAUAACUGAUUAGUAGGCCGCUAGGCUUUUUCUAAUUCAUGAAUCUGGUAAACACAGUUAAAGAUCAAAUGGCUUCUGCUUUAUGUUGCUUUAGAAACCCACUACCUUGGUUUGCCGUUCUUGCUCCAUUAAUAUUCCUGAUUUCUGCUGGUUUCUCGGGCCUAGGGUUCUCAUCCUUGUUCCAGCUUUCAUCUACAGUAUUUAUCUUGUCUGCCAUGUACUUCACAUUCUCAAAGCACAAACCAGUGGUAGCUGAGAACCGAGAAGAUCAGGAUAUAGGGUCUGAACAAGAAAGUUCAUCGCAGAUGGAAGAUGUUUCAGAAUCUCAGCCCGAAAGUGAAACUAAAACACAGGAGGACAAAUCCGAAGAAGGUAAGAGUGAGAUUCAUGACCACUUGGUCACAUCACCUAAUUAUAAUUCGCUAUCAGAGAGCGAAUGGCAGUAUAAGUACUACUUGUCGACUAGUGAGGAAUCAGAAGUUGAAUGGCCGUUUCGAGAUCAAAAGCUGGAUCAAAGCCCAGAUUGCUCAGAUGGUUCGAUUUCUGACGAGGAAAGUCUGAUUGAAAUUGCCCUUCCAAGUGGGCAGUAUGUUGGUCAUAACGAAGUGAUGAAGACAAAGGAUAAAAAGCAACAUGAGAAGGUGCCAGAUUUCUCUCAAGAAUCCAUUUUCCAGCCACGUUGUUUGAUGGAGCUCUUAUCUGAGAUGAACGAGGAGGACAACUUGAUUGAGAUUGACAUAUCCAUGGGCUCCAUCAAGUGUUCAAGGUUUGAGAUUGAAGCUUGAGUUGCGUUUUGGAUCAGUUUAUAUAUAAAUGAAUGACUUCACUAUAUAUUACACAAAUUAAGUUUUUUUUUUUUUGAUCCUCCAUGGAUUUCGUUGAAUCAUGAAUGUAGGAUGUCAUACUUCACUAGGUGUACCUUCCGUUAAUUUGCUUUCUAGCUUGUUGUGCACUGUGAAUUAGCUUCUGCUGAUCCCAAACUUUGGAUACCCGUUUGAUUAUG